AUGUCCGAGAGUAUCAAGGCUGCCCCGGAUGAGAAGUCUAUCAGUCAAGGAGAGGCUCUAAACGAAGAACAGGAGGAGUUCAACAAGAUCCGUGAUUCUUUGAAAAUUAAUCCAAUUGGAGUGGUAUGCCUUGGUAAAGACGGAGUGUUCCGAUCAUUGACGGCAGAUCACGAUGUUAUUGACGCUGUUGCCCUUGCCCCAAAACAUAUCAAGGCCCUGCUCGACAGAAUGCCAUUCAGCCAGGAAGCCGCAGAUAUAUGGCGAGGUGUGGAUGGCACUACAGUGCCCCGUGAGCAGUGGUACAACCCGAACAAGGAUGAUUUGCCGCCACCAUUGAGUGAGGGGGAGAAGGAAGAGGCAACGAUGCUGAUGGAAGAGCUCAAGCAGAACGGAGUGCCGAGCCUCAGGCUCGAGUUGCUGCGGUCCAAUUGUGGUAUCGGAUCACAAGAUCAUGCAGCCAUAGGUAAAAGUCAAGCAGCAUUACCGUACUCACUGCCAGGAUCUAGGGAGAUUUUAGCACAGGGUUCGGUAAUACUUGUUUCCGACUCCGUUCUGACGAUACCAAAAGGCUUCUGA